GAAUCAUACGAGAUAGUGAUGGGUCUAUUAAAAUAUGAGCGUUUAUUAUCCGAAAGUUCGGAAUCCAUACAAGACUUUCUUUGGAGCAAUGAUAAUGAGAGCAAGACCUGUCAAAAAAUGACCACACGAAUUAUCUAUUCACCCACUAAGAAGAAAGCGCGAACUAGUUAA